CGGAGAAUUGGCCCACAGCCCUCCGCGUGGCUUCCGUCGAGGGGUUGUGCUUCCGGUGCGAGGUCACGGACAAGAUGGUGCCGCCGGUGCAGGUCUCUCCGCUCAUCAAGCUCGGCCGCUACUCCGCGCUGUUUCUCGGCGUGGCCUACGGAGCCAAGCGACACAGUUACCUGAAGCCCCGCGCAGAGGAGGAGAGGCGGCUGGCGGCGGCGGAGAAGCAGAAGCAGGAUGAGCUGAAGCGCAUCGCGAGGGAGCGCGCGGAAGCCGAGGACGACAGCAUCCUCAAGUGAGCGUCUCCCGGACCGAGCUGCGUUGCGGGAAUAAAGCGGCUGUGCGGUGCGA